AGGACCUCCAGACCGACUGGUUCAGAACCAGGUGCAGCUCUUAUUGUGAAGGGACAGCUCUUAUUGUGAAGGCCCCGCCCAGCUGGAGCCUCUCCCUCCCUCCGUCGGGUCGGCGCUCAGCGUCCCGGACCGAAGCGGAACCAUGUCCGUCCUGCUGCCGCUGCUGAUCAGCCUCCUGCUCGGGCUGCUGCUCUGGAUCCUCGGCGGCAGAACCAGGAAGCCAGGCGAGCCUCCACUGGUGAAAGGCUGGAUCCCCUUCGUCGGGAAGGCUCUGGACUUCGGGAAGGACGCUCACAAGUUUCUGGAGGAACAUAGGAGGGAGCAUGGGGACGUGUUCACGGUCCUGAUCGCAGGUAAAUACAUGACCUUCAUCAUGGACCCCCUGCUGUACCCCAGCAUCAUCAAGCAGGGCCGGCAGCUGGACUUCCACGAGUUCACCAAUAAGGUGGCUCCUCUGACCUUCGGCUACCCGCCCGUCCUCGGCACCGCCUUCCCCGGCCUGUGGGAGCAGAUCAGGCGCUCCUUCCAGCUGCUGCAAGGGGACCACCUGGUGCCGCUGACAGAGAGCAUGAUGGGUAACCUGAUGCUGGUGUUCCGUCAGGAUCACCUGAACGGGGCCAGCGACUGGAGGAGAGGCAGCCUGUACGAGUUCUGCUGCUCCGUCAUGUUCGAGGCCACCUUCCUGACCAUCUACGGCAGACCGGCGACCGGCGUCCGCCACGGAGGGAUGGACCGUCUGAGGAACGACUUCCACAAGUUCGACAACAUGUUCCCGUUCCUCAUCGCUCAGAUUCCCAUCCGGCUGCUGGGGCGGACCCUGGCCAUCCGCCAGAAGCUGACCUCCUACUUCCUGCCACAGCACAUGUCCCAGUGGACCAACACGUCCCAGUUCAUCCAGAGACGAGCCGAGCUGUUUGAGCAGCACGACAAGCUGAAGGACAUGGAUAAAGCUGCUCAUCACUUCGCUAUCCUGUGGGCGUCAGUGGCCAACACGCUCCCCGCCACCUUCUGGGCCGCCUACUUCCUGAUGAGUCAGCCGGAGGCGUUGAAGGUGGUCCGCCAGGAGGUCAUUGACGUCCUGCAGGACAGCGGUGUGGACUUCAGCACCAGCAGCGACAUCAGGCUCAGCAAAGAGCAGCUGGACAAACUCAUCUUUCUGGGUGCGUUCCAGUUCACGUUCAGCUCAGUGGUGAAGCGGGUCGAUAACGGGCCGUCUUCAUCCUCAGAGAGCGCCAUCAACGAGAGCUUCCGCCUGUCCUCGGCCUCCAUGAACAUCCGGGUGGCCCAGGAGGACUUCAGUCUGCGGCUGGACUCCGACAGAUCGGUGGGUGUCAGGAAGGGAGACGUCAUCGCCCUGUACCCUCAGAGUCUGCACCUGGACCCCGAGGUCUACGACGACCCACAGACGUUCCGGUUCGACCGCUUCGUGCAGGACAGCAGAGAAAAGACGGAUUUCUCCAAAGAGGGACAGAAGCUGCGCUACUACUUGAUGCCGUUCGGCUCCGGAUCGUCCAUGUGUCCUGGACGGUACUUUGCCAUCAACGAGAUCAAGCAGUUUGUCUGUCUGCUGCUGCUGUACUUCGACCUGCAGCUGGAGGACAGGCAGAACCGACCCGGUCUGGACCCGAGCCGAGCCGGUCUGGGAAUCCUGCUGCCCUCCUCGGAUGUCCAGUUCCACUACAGACUGCGGUCCGUGUGACCCAGAGCGGCGCUGAAGUCCAGAUGUCUUGUUCCCUCUGGAGGUUCUCGGGGUCCGGACUCGGUCCGGAGGUUUGGGUUCUGGUCGGGGUUCGGGUCCUCGUGCCCCCCUGGGACACCUGGAGGCGCUGCAGCAGAGAUCCUGCUGGAGGGAGUGACUGCUAGCAGCGCCUCCUGCUGGUCAAGCUGCAGAACUGUCCCGGAUUAAAACUGGUUCUGAUCCGAUUUGUCAGGGCCAGCCCAAGCCUCCAUGGGGCCCCAAGCCAAAUGUGCUUUUGGGGCCCUCUGGUUCUGCUAACAAUGUGGACCGGCUGCAAUCAGCAGUCUGAUGAUUAGAUCGAUUAAACACCUGCUAUGAACUGAUUGCAUCUCUGGCUGUUUACAUUACAUACAUGUAUAAUAGAUACAAUUAUUGACCAGUUGAUUUCUGGGAGCCGAUUUCCUUCAUUUUGGGGCAUCGUGAUCAGCCGAUACUGACAUGUGAAGCUGAUAUGAUGUCCAUCAUCUCUGUCCUUCUGCAGAGACAGUUGGACUGACAGACCAGGCCAGUCUCAACAUUUACAGCUAAUAUUCACUGUUAGCAACUCAAAGACUUUGCUGCUACAUUCAGAAACAUUUCAGACUCAAUUAAUUCAUAUGAGCCAAAAUCAGCAGGUCAAAGGUCAGAACCAGGAAUCAGCCAGAAAACUGCAAUCGCUGCAGAAACACAUUCAAUUCAUUUCUCUUCAGCUCCAAUAGCUAAAAUCUAAUUUAUACCAGGUGAGUCUUUCUGCCCUGGAAUGUGGACCGGUACCGGGUCGGUUCUGAGCCUCCAAAUGAUUUUUCUCAGCAGCAAACAGCAAAUCAGCUGCAGCAGAGAGCGGCUCGUCCUGCUGCAGCAGCUCGUCCUGCAGCAACUGCAGCCUGACGUCUCAACAUUUAGCUGGACAAUAUCAGAAUCUGAUGAGUUUUAAUUAUUCAUAUCAAACCUGAUCAAACAGUUUGAACCAAAAUACCUGAGAAAUAUCCACCAGGAGAAUCAACUCAUUUAAACUCAGUUUCACACAAAGACGCAGCUUCAAUGUUGUAGAACUGGACCGGUCCGGUCCGGGUCAUAAGGUCAUUUCUGUUAGCAGCUUUAUUAUCUUUACAUUAUAUUAUAAAGACUCAUUAAAACAAACUUUAUCUUGGUUCUUAUUAUUUCAAAAACAAAUCAGUCUAUGAUGAAAUUUUGUGUUUUUGUUAUAACGACAUAGAAAUCAUUACUAACAAAAAAAAAUAAAAAAUCAGCUCCACUGAGGGGCCCCUUAGUUUGCGCAUGCCUUGGGCCGGCCCUGGGAUUUGUUAUGUCAUUUUAUCCACAGCAGGAAUUUAUUUUCUGUCUCGUGUCUUUUAAUUUCAAUCCUUAUUUUAAUUCAGUGUUCAAUAUUAAACCCAGUGUUUUCUAUCUAUGCUUCAUGUCUUCUUCAAUCAUUUUUGUACCAGCAAGGUUUGGGUCGGAACUGACCCAGAUCUUCUUCACUUCUUGUUUCUUCCAAAUAAAAACUUUGAAAUAUGA